AUCCACAGUUAACAGCUGUUUGAGAGUGCUUGUUAGUACCGAUCAUGUGUAGUCUGAAACGAGGAAAACAUAAAUAACACAAAUACAAAACACUUGGAAAAAAAAAAUGCCUGAGGGUCCUGAGCUUCACAUUUCAAGUUUAUUUAUCAAUGACUCAGUGAGAGAUUUGAUUUUUUCUGGUAAAAUUCUUAAAUCUGAGGUUUCGAAAAAUCCCGUUAUUGAAUGGGACGUCCCGCUAUAUACGAUUAAAGCAGAAUCACGAGGUAAAGAGAUGAAACUUUGGCUAGAAGAGUACUCACCAGAUAAAAAAGGUAGACAGCUGGAGAAAAUCUCCAUACUCUUUCGAUUUGGCAUGUCAGGAUGUUUCAAACUAUCAACAGUGGAUGACAUUCCAAAACAUUCACAUUUGAGGUUCCUCACAAAAGAUAGUGAAAUUCCAAUUCAAGUUCUGAAUUUUGUUGACUUUCGAAGAUUUGGAAGAUGGGAGAUGAAUGCUGACUGGGGCUCAGAUAGAGGACCUUGCCCUAUUACUGACUAUGAAACCUUUCGCAAAAAUAUUGUUGAUAAUCUUGAAGACCCUGCAUUUAAACAGAAAGCUAUUUGUGAAGUUCUGUUAAAUCAAAAAUUUUUUAAUGGAAUUGGCAAUUACCUUAGGGCUGAAAUAUUGUUUAGAUCAAAAAUUGCCCCAUUUGAUGAAGCCUACUCUGUGCUAUGCAAAUGGAAAGAUUCUGCUACCUACCCUAUUAAAUCUGAAAAGGUUUUACCUAUUGUCAAAGACCCACUAUAUCUUUGCCAUGCAGUGUGCAUGGAAGUGUUAAAACUUAGUGGUGGCUAUGAUGUAGAAAAUGGUCUUAAGGACCAUGGUGCUUUUGAAAACUGGCUUCAGUGUUACCAAAACCCUAGCAUGAAUAACCUACAGGAUAGACAUAAACGAACGAUUUGGUUUGAAGGAGAACCAGGGAUUUUGGUUCCUAAGGGUAGCGUCGCUCGGCGUCCAAAAAAUAAACAACGGAUCUCUGACAGUAUCUCAGAAUCAUCAAGUGCAAAUAAAAAAAGAGUCAGAAAAGGCAAUUCAAGUACAAAAGCAACUGUACCUGCGAUGGCUCCCGUGGCUGUCACAACCCGUCGUUCGCCACGCUUUUCUGGUGCUGUGAUAAACUCGGCAUGAUUGAAAACUUGAUUAUCAGCUUAUUAACUUCGUUAUUUAUUUCACAAUAAUUGUUUCUUAAAAUUAAAUUGUG